AUGUCUCUUAGUGUAUCGACUAGGACAGCGAAUGGUCAAAGCGUGGGAGCCGAACCAUCUCAUAGCCUUCCUUUGCGAGAUGGUAUGCGAACGCAACAGCCUAGAGCGGAACCAAGCCCGAGUGAUCAGUUAACACCUGCAGCAACGCCAACAGCACCAACCCGACGUGCUCAAGUCCCUCACCAGGAGCAGUCACAUUCGGUCGCCCAAGCCCACUCUCCAACAACGGUCCAAGGCGUUAGCUCCCCUUCGCCAGUACGUCCAGACAGCAAUGUGAAUUCUAACCACUAUUCACUCUCAAGGCCACAGGAUUGGGACGUCGCCUACAAUCAGCCUCGAAACCCAGCUUCUUAUAGUGUAAUCCAGCCUGCCAUGAACGGUCACAGCAUGCCUAACCCCGCACACUCCACGACAAUGGCUGAGGGAUUGCACUUUGAGCGACUAGGUUACCCUUAUCCGCCCCCCGGCGACCCCUAUCCCAUCAUCAGCGCUGCUGUGCCAUCCGCAGAAUUCAAUGCCUUAACAAAUUCCAACAACUGUCAAUGCGGCCCAGGAUGCACGUGCGUGUACUGUGCAACCCAUCCAUACAACGACGCGACCAGAGAACGUGUACAAGAUCUUAGCCAAAUCAUGGCGAUGGACAACUAUUGGGCUGUGAAUCCUGUGAGUCCGCCGCCAUCUAGAUAUGGGGUGGCUCCCACAAAUGGCACCAAUAUAGAGCCAGUGAUGGGACAGGGAUACCCACCGCUGGACGAGGGACCUUUUCCCUCCGCAGCAUCUGAAUGGACGAAUGCGCCAAUCCAGGGCCCUGAGCUUCAGCCGACGUUUGACGAGGGGUCGUCGGUCGAUAAUGGCGUUUAUUUCAACGACUUCUCUCCCCGUACGAUGCGGAACUCCGGUGCGGUAGUGAUUGCAGAUGCUCGGGAUGUCUCACUCAUCAGGGACAUAAUGGGCUUCCCAAUUAGGGAAUGUCCUUCUUUACUUGGGUCGGGGGCUGCUGGCAUAGGUGCUAGGCCCAGAUUACUCUCCAAGGCUAGAAGUGGAGCUCGGAACAUGAACUGGACUGGGGGCGCCCUCUCACGCUCUCGCAACACCAACGCCAAAGUGUCUCUCUCCGUCAAACAGAAGAAUCAUUUUGCCAAAGCCCGCGUCAAUUUGCAGAACGGACAGCGACCAUCUCCGCCACAGAUUCAGUACUUUGACUUUGGAGAGUGGAAGCUUGAGAAUGGAGUACAUGAUGACCGACGUUCAGGCCCCUCCAAAUGUAGGGUUUCCAGCCAGAGAACGCUGGAUCAAUUUGAGAACGUCCAAGGUGUGGUGAGGAAGUUGCAAACUCUCCGGCCAAGGAAUGAGGGAAACAAAAGAAAGCGUUCCCUCAUCAAUGACACCGAAGGUCAUGUACUACCGAGCGGUAUUGCUAUUCCUCCAAUCUCGCCUUCCAUCAUCAGCUCACGUCGUCCCUCGAGGUCCUCUCCAAUCCAAACUGAACCCAUUGCAAAACGAACUUCGAAGCGACCUCGAACCCCAACGCCCUCUACGAGCGAUGAACUAGAUCCUCUAGCAGUCGUUGACAGUGUGGAAGCUAAGCGACGCAAGCUCCUUCAAGAGAGCGACUGGGUCGGCGUUGAAAGGCAGAGACGUAUGUCAAAGCCCGUCAAGAUGAAAUUCACGGACGCCAAAGAUCGAGAUCUCAUAGGCAGACGUCGCCCUUUGAACGGCAGCGCCGUUCAAAACCGCUGGAAUGGGCAGAAUUCAAGACGAAUGGAGGCACCGCUAAUGGCAUCUUACUCCGAGAAACCGCGAGGUCAACAUGGAGGGUUUGCGGAUGAGUAUUGGAGCGCAGAAGGAGUGAGUAUACGGAUUGGCUCAACAGCCAUGAAUACGGGACCGAUUUUAGAUGAGAUGCUCGAUUGCUACCAGUCUCCAGGGCCAGUACAAAGCUCCUCACCCUUGGCAAAUUCAUUCAAAUACGACAAUACAGGACCUACACCGAAGCCUCAACAUCAGAGAGGCGAAUCUACCGCCCCCUCAAGUUUCAGAAACGAGUCUUCGGAGCCCUUCCGUAGUCUCUUCAGUCCAGAGGAGAUCAAGCCUUCGGGCGUAGCCCAGUUGGUGGAAGCCGCGACUAUCGCUGACAAUGAUAAUACUCCCCUCGCUGAGGAUGAGCUACAAUUACCAGAGGACUACCAUCUUCCGGAGCCUGAACGAGGGUUUCGCUUGGUCUUUGAGCAGACGCCUCAGCCUCGUGGUUGGACCUCAGAGCUAAACCAUAGAAGUAGCCCAAUCGUGCGCGAUUUCGCUCUCACUAAGGGGCGACUUCCAGGGGCUGCGACUGAGCAAUCGGCACAUCCAGAAGAUCUCAACGUGCUUGAAGAGCAGAUAUCUGAAUACGCCCCAGUUGAAGAUGCAAAAUCAUGUACGUCUCCGCUCAGCAUUGCAACGUCUCGAUACAUGCAAGAACUCGAGAAUCAAAGCUAUGGGUCCGGAGGUCGAAGACUCUUCGCAAUGAACAUGGCCGAUAAAGCAGCUACCACGGGAGACCAACCUGCGGUGAACAUGAACAAGGCUGAGGGACAGCGAGGGACAACCGGUGAUCGAGAGCGAAAGACUUCCGUGCAGCCCGAUGAAAUUCAAGACAAGGAAAAUGUUGAGCCAACUGAGGACGAAGACGAGAUCUGGCGGAGCUUGAUCAACCUCGACGACAUUAGUGACUUUCAGUCGAGGCAAGAGCAGCCUCCCAGCACGCAUACCCCCCAGGCAACAGCAAGAGCUCUAGCGAACGAACAGCAAGUUCUAGAUCAAGCAUCUCGAAAGUCCAAUGCGCAGAACGCUCCGCCUGACGAUGAAAUGAUAUGGCGGAAUUUCAUAUUCAGCGACUCUGGCCCCAACGACGAGUGGGUCAUCGAAGAAGCAAGCCCCGAAUCUUCACCAGACGACGACAUCUCAACCUACGAUCCCGCACGCACCCAGCCCUCCAUGGUCGCCGAAGCGGCCACCAGCCCCGUGAAGCAGAACCCACAUCUGAUGGACGAAAUGCGCGACGAUUCUCCGCCGGUUCUAGACCAUGCAUCGCGCCAUGCCAACGCAUCGACGAGCUCGACCCGGAGCCUUGGUAUCUCUUCUACCACACCCCAGCAAGUCCUGCACUCAUCAGGAUCACCCAGCCGAUCCUCCGUCCUGGCAACAGCGUCAUCCCCAGCCAUCCACGACAGCCAAAGCCACUCCAGCGACUUAUACCUUCCAGAUCGAAAUCAUCGAAUCUCCAACCCUUCCUCCCUAAUCGCCGAAGCAUCCUCUUCCCUCCCCACGCACGUAAUCCGACCCCUCUCCCCCACCCGCGGCACCCACAAUCCCUCCUCCUCCUCCGACGAACUAGCCUGGACACCGUCUCGCUUCCCCGGCCCUGCAGCAAAGGAGAAAGUGGUCUUCAAGAAACCAUCUCGCUACGUGGGAGAGAGGGCGGGUGCUCGGCCCGAGCCCGUGCACCUGGGCAGGAACGUCAAUGAUUCCAAGAAGACGAAGAAGACGAAGACGAAGACGAUGAGUUUGGCGGAAGCGGUGGAGCGUGCGAAGGGGAAGAUGGGUCGGAAGAAGGGUAAAGGUGGAAGGGAUGUGGGACAUGGAGACGAGGAGGCGGGGGAGAUAGGCGUGGAUGAUGAUGAUGAUGAUAUCGUCGACGACUGA